AUGGUGAACAAUGUUGUAAAGGUCUUAUUAACAGUCACAUCACUGACUUUACCAAUAUUGUAUGAUUACAUCGUUGUUGGAGCAGGAGCAGCAGGUUCUGUGAUAGCAGCUCGGCUUUCUGAAGAUCGCUGUGUGUCUGUACUUCUUCUUGAAGCCGGUCCAAAAGCCCUUAAAAUUACAGAAGUACCUGCCCUUCAAUUUUUCAGUCAAAAUAGCCCUAAUGAUUGGGGAUACAAAACUGUACCACAAAAGAGGGGAGCCCAAUUUCUACUUAAUCGCCAAAUGGUAACUCCAAGAGGCAAAGGAUUAGGUGGGUCAACUUUGUUGAAUUAUAUGCUGUACGUGAGAGGUAAUCGCCUUGAUUACGAUGGUUGGGCAAAACAAGGAGCGACUGGAUGGUCCUGGAAAGAUGUCUAUCCAUACUUUCUUAAAUCUGAAGGCAACACAGAUCCAAAAAUCGUUGAAGAUGGUUACCAUAACGCAAGUGGCCCUUUGACAAUUCAAAGUGCUCAAUGGACCACUCCAUUGAUGGAUGCAUGGGUAAAGGCAGCUGCCGAACGUGGAUAUGAAUAUAGAGACAUUAAUGGAGAAAAGCAAACCGGAUUUCAUACACUGCAAGGAUUUACAAGAAAUGGUCGAAGGUGCAGCACAUCCAAAGCAUUUCUAAUACCAGCGUCAGAUCGUAAAAAUUUAGACAUUGUUACUGAUGCUUUAGUCACAAAGAUAUUAAUAGACAAAUAUAAGAAUGCAUAUGGUGUAAAAUUUCAUAAAGAUGGUAAAGAUCAUGAAGUCUAUGCUAACAAAGAAGUUAUUGUGAGCGGAGGAAGCAUAAAUUCUCCUCAACUUUUGAUGCUUUCAGGAAUCGGUCCUGGGAAACACCUCGAGGAAAAAGGAAUACCAGUAAUUGAAGAUUUACCUGUUGGAGACAAUUAUCAAGAUCAUGUAGGAACUUUUUUCUUAAAUUUUGAAGCAACGGGAUCAAAAGAUACGUUUCAACAAUUAUUUAGCAAGCCAAUUAGUAAUCUGGUUAAGUACAAUACAGAGGGAACAGGACCUUAUGCAAGCCUCAACGGUGUAGAAGGUCUUGCUUGGGUUAAUUCUAAAUACAAUGAUCCUUCUCUUGAUUGGCCUGAUUUAGAGAUUCAUUUAGAAGCUUACUCACUCUCGUCUGAUGGAGGAGUCGUAUCCAGUCAUUUGUUGGGUGUUCCGCCAAAAGUAAUGGAACAGGUCUACUUUCCAAAGCUGGGAAAGCAUACUUUCACGAUGUUCUCAUGCUUCCUGAGACCUUUCAGCAGAGGAACCGUAAGGCUUGAUACAUCAAAUCCUAAUGAUCAUCCUCUCAUAGAUCCUAACACUUUCGCAGACGCAAGAGACAUUGACCGAUUACAGGCAGUGCUGCAAGAAAAUGUGGAUAUUGUAACAAAAACGAAGGCUUUCAAAGACAUUGGUGCAAAAUUAUUUGACACGAAAUUUCCUGGAUGCGAACAAUUUGUAGCAAACAGUACGUACUAUUCUCCGGAGUACUUAAGAUGUAUAGCUGUGGGUUACACAUUCAAUCUGUACCAUCCAGUUGGUACAUGCAAAAUGGGAAGUGCCGAUGACAAAACUACAGUUGUAGAUCCACAGUUAAAGGUUAAAGGAAUAAAGAAUUUGCGAGUGGCAGAUGGAUCCAUCAUUCCGAAUCAGGUAUCUGGAAAUACUGAGGCACCCAUCGUCAUGAUUGGAGAAAAAUGCGCCGAUAUGAUCAAAGCUGACAAUCCUGAUCGGAAUAAUUGCUAAAUAACUGGCAGAAAAUGUUGUAAAAUUAUUAAUUUUUAAGAUUUUUGAAUCUAACAUUUUACCUUACUGGCUAAAACUGUUUUCUUCUUUUUUACAUUUUUUUAUAUUUUUCCUAUUUAUAUUUUCUUUCUAUAUUUUUAUUUUUUACAUUUUUCUCUUUUAAAUUUUUAUUUUUGUAUUUUUCCUUUUUAUGUUUUCUUUUUUACAUGCAUGAAACCCUAUUUUCUGCAGA